AUGGCUGCUCACAGAAUCUAAAGAGAACAAUUAGAAGGAAAUCAAUAAUCAGAUAUGAUUUUAGCGCAGCUUCCUAGAUUCCAUCUCUCAAUCCUCGCGAAACCUUCUUUCGCUCUCUCUUCUUCGCAUUUCAAUUUCUUAAACCCUAAGCCGUCGGUUACAUUAGCUCGAACCCUUUUCUCAUUCGCGUCUAAAUCGAAUCUCGCAACAGUUGAACCCAUACCACUAUCGGUCUCGGAUUCAUCCGAUUUGGAUGAUGCUCCUGUCGAGAUUUCGCUCGACAAGCUUUUUAUUCCACCGGAGACGGAUAUCUCUGGCGAAGACUCGGCGAGUCUAACGGCGAGGAUACUGAAGGGUUCAAACAUUGUUCUCAGCAAGUACGCGAGGGACGCACAGGUGGUUCAGGCUGACUACGUGAAGAGUAGUGUCAAGACGGAGGAUUGUCCGGCCGAUGGGUUGCCGGAGUUUGCGCUUGUCGGCAGAUCCAAUGUUGGGAAAUCAUCCCUUCUCAAUUCGUUGGUGAGGAGGAAACGCCUUGCCUUGACUUCUAAGAAACCUGGAAAAACGCAAUGCAUUAAUCAUUUCCGGAUCAACGACAAGUGGUACUUGGUAGAUUUGCCUGGUUACGGGUAUGCAUCAGCACCGCAUGAACUCAAACAAGACUGGAACAAAUUCACCAAAGACUAUUUCCUAAAUCGAUCAACAUUGGUCUCAGUGUUUUUACUAGUUGAUGCCAGCAUUCCUGUAAAGCCAAUCGAUCUCGAGUACGCAAGCUGGCUUGGUCAAAACCAGGUUCCAAUGACUUUGAUAUUCACAAAAUGCGACAAGAGAAAGAAGAAGAAAAAUGGAGGGAAGAAACCGGAGGAGAACAUAAAGGAGUUCCAAGACUUGAUCCAAGGGUUCUUUGAGACAACACCACCAUGGAUUAUGACCAGCAGUGUGACGAAUCAAGGUCGGGACGAGAUAUUGUUGCAUAUGGCUCAGCUAAGAAACUACUGGCUCAAACACUAAGAACCCAAACCACACUUCUCCAUAUUUUCUUUUAUAAGGAGGAGACUUAUAUAACAGUUAGUGUAAAACAACAAAAAUAACAGUUAGUGUACGAAUUAUUUGGGCACUGUUUUUGAAUAAUGCAACGCUGAGAUU